GCAGCGUAAUACGCCCUCUGGUGAGAGAUUGGAAAACAUUAUGAAACUUCACGUGAUGGAUGUUGACUUGAGAUAGCAGAAUAUUGCUGUUGAAGAGCCCUAUAGGGCACAUAAAUGUGUAAAAAAUGGGAAAUGGAAACAAAUUUCUACUCCUGUUAUGGAAGAAUUAUCUUAUUCAAAAGAGGAAAAUCUUCACCACCAUCUUGGAGAUUGCCUUUCCCACGUUUUUUGGAUUGAUCCUGGUUCUAAUUCGACUAAGGGUUACCGGACAGCAGAUUCCUGAUGGGAUGAACUGGACAGCUUGUUCAAAUUUGUUUGUUAUGCCUGGAUUAUCCUACCCCAACAAAGUGGCAUUCACCCCCGACACCCCCCUCACUCAAUCAGUGAUGAAGAAAGUUAAUGACUCCAUGGGAUUUUUUAAGGAUAUCCAAGGAUUCAAAACUGAAGAUGAAAUGGUCGAUUUCCUGAUUUUUGCCAACAAAACAGUGAACAACACUGCUCACUAUUUGGGAGGAAUUGUCUUUAACAGUAAAACCAAAGGGAACCAGUUUGUAGAGCAAAUCUCCUACAAAAUUCGUCUUAGCUCUUUUCCCAGACAUGGAAGCGGAACCAACAAACUGAAUCCAGCCAAGCAAGAUAAGGAAUGGUUUACGGAGUUUAUGUUCCCUCUCUAUCAGGUCAUAGGCCCUAGAGACAAGGCGUCCAGAUGUGGGUCAGUUCCAGGUUACUAUAAGGAGGGAUUUCUAGCCCUGCAAACCAACAUAAACAAAGCAAUAUAUGAGACAGUAAUUGGAAAUGAUACGGCUGGUCUACAAAGGCUGAUGGAACUAGACGACAACAUACAGCUCCGGCGACACCCAUAUCCUCCGUACAAUGAUGACAAAUUUGUACUGGUUAUUCAGCAGCAAUUUCCAUUGAUUCUUAUUCUCAGCUUUGUACUUGUGGCUUUGAAUGUUGUCAAAGAUGUGGUUCACGAAAAAGAAAGAAAACUGAAGGAGUCUAUGAAAAUGAUGGGCCUGAACAGCUGGCUUCACUGGGUGGCUUGGUUUACCAAGUAUUUCAUUUUCUUGUUAAUUACAUCGGCUGUCAUGACGAUAUUCCUGACUAUGAACACGGCAGAGGGGCGUGUGAUAGGGAAAACCAACCCACUCAUUAUAUUCUUGUUUCUGUUGUGUUUCUCCAUGGCAACCAUUGCCUUCUGUUUCCUUGUCAGUUCCUUCUUUUCCAAAGCUAACUCUGGGGCCGCAGCUGGUGGGAUAAUUUUUUUCCUGAGUUAUAUCCCCUACUUAUUCAUACAACAGAGGUAUGCUACCCUGUCUUGGGGGGCCAAGAUUGCCUCCUCUCUAGUUUCCAACAUAGCCAUGUCAUAUGGAGGCCAGGUCAUCGGAAUGUUUGAAGGCACAGGAGCUGGUGUGCAGUGGUCCACUAUAGACCAGGGAGCCUCAGUAGAUGAUAACUUUGCCAUGCUCCACAUUAUUGUCAUGCUGUUGGUGGACACAGUGUUGUACAUGAUGAUCACUGUCUAUAUAGAGGGUGUGUUUCCCGGAGAGUAUGGCACACCACUCAAAUGGUACUUCCCAUUCACAAAAUCCUACUGGUGUGGAACUGCAGCUACUGAUGAUGUUCCAGAUGACAAGAGAAUCAGCAUUGGACAAAAUCCAGAUUUCUUUGAAACUGAUCCUGUGGGAAUUCGACCUGGGGUCCAGAUCCGUAACCUCAAGAAGGUCUUUGGCAGAAAAGAAAAGUGUAAGGUGGCUGUUGCAGGAAUGUCAUUAGACUUAUAUGAAGGGCAGAUAACUGCACUUCUAGGUCACAAUGGAGCAGGGAAAACCACCACCAUGUCAAUGCUCACUGGAUUUUUGCCACCUACGAGUGGUACGGCCUUGGUGAACGGCUUUGACAUCAGAGAGGACAUAACCAGUGUGAGGAGCAGUCUAGGACUCUGUCCUCAACAUGAUGUACUGUUUGACACAAUGACAGUGGAAGAACAUCUCAUCUUCUUUGCAAAGUUAAAGGGCUGUCCAUCCAACAAGGUUAGCCAAGAGGUAGAGGACAUGUUGUCAGCCAUUAAUCUGACAAACAAGAGGAAUGCGCAGAGUAAAACCCUGUCUGGUGGGAUGAAACGUAAGCUGUCUGUAGGAAUAGCUCUGAUAGCUGGAUCCAAGAUUGUAAUUCUGGAUGAACCGUCGUCUGGACUGGAUCCAGAUGCUAGAAGGCAGAUCUGGACUGUUCUCCAGAAGAAUCGGGCAGGUCGCACAAUGCUCCUGACAACACACUUCAUGGACGAGGCUGAUCUCCUUGGAGACAGAAUAGCUAUCAUGGCAGAUGGAAUUUUGAAAUGUUGUGGAAGUUCCCUGUUUCUUAAGAAUAAGUAUGGAGCCGGUUAUCAUAUGGUCAUUGUUAAAGAGCCUCACUGUGAUGUGGAUCAGGUGACAACCACCGUCAAGAAGUAUGUUCGUAACGCAGAGGAAGAGAGCAACAUUGGGGCGGAGCUCUCCUUCCGUCUGCCAUACGAGAGUACCGGAAACUUUCAGGACUUGUUUGAAGAUUUGGAGCACAAUAAACAAAAAUAUGGUAUAUCCAGUUAUGGGGCCUCAGUUACUACAAUGGAGGAAGUUUUUAUCAGAGUUGGAGAAGGAACUGACAAGUCUCUAAAUGGUAUACCAGUUCACCAUAAAGAAAAUAUCAGUCUGGAUCUAACAGUCGAUGGAAGUAGUACUGAAUUAGUUACAGAUAUCUCUGCUGAUUUUGAGCACAACAAGGAUACCCGGCUACAAAUCCAGCAGUUCUAUGGAAUGUUUGUCAAGAGGGCCCUGCACACACUAAGGAACAAGCUUGUGUCAGCCACCCAGAUCCUCAUCCCUCUCUUUUUCACCGUCAUGGCUCUCAUUGUUGUCAAGACUUUCCCAGGACCUCAUGACUCUAAAGCUCUCACCCUGGAUGUGGAGAAAUAUGGAGUAAAUACAAUUGUUUAUAGUGACAAUGGAUUUGUAAACCAGUCUGUGAUUGGCCAGUUCUAUGCCAAUCAGUUUCAAAGCAGUAAAGAUCAUGUCAAUUAUGUGAAUAAGGAACAAGGAUAUACAAAAAACCCAGAUAUAAAUGACUAUUUGUUUCGGAAGGGUGAAGAUAGUUUGGGGUUGUAUAAUUUGGAGUAUGCUGUCGGGGCAGAUUUUGCCAAACAUCAAAAUUCAGUUAUUGCCACUGCCUACUUCAACAACCAGGGUUAUCAUGCUCCUGCUAUAUCCUUAGCAACCUUGGCAAAUGCAGUUUUCCAGUACGUCACCAACAGCUCGCAGUUCACCCUUACAACCGUUAACCACCCAUUACCUAGAACAAAAGAACAGAAAAUUCGAGAGGAAACUCAAGGAAGCACUACAGGUUUCACCAUUGCUUUUAAUUUUGUGUUUGGGAUGGCUUUCCUCUCCAGCAGCUUUGUCUUGUUCCUGAUCAAAGAGAGGGCCACCAAGGCGAAGCACAUUCAGUUCGUCAGCGGGGUUCAGCCUUUCACCUUCUGGGCUUCCACCUUCUGCUGGGAUUUGAUCAAUUACAUGAUUCCAUGCUGCAUACUGUUGUUUGUACUUUGGGCUUUUGGGAUAGAGGCCUACUAUAUUGAUGCUCAUGCUGUACACAUACUGUUGCUGAUGUUCCUACAUGGCUGGGCCAUGCUGCCAUUUAUGUAUCUCCUGUCCUUCAUUUUCACUGUGCCGUCCAGUGGUUUUGUGUGGCUGACCAUGUUUAAUAUACUGGCGGGUGAUGCAACAGUGUUAGCUGUGGGAAUUCUAGGAAUUCCCCAACUUGGUCUGAAGGAUUUAUCCAAUGUCUUAGAGUGGAUAUUUCUUGUUUUUCUUCCGAACUUCUGCCUCGGACAAGGGCUGAUGGAUUACUAUUCCAAUUGGGAGUUUCUGGAUAGCUGCAAAGAUUUCCAGCAGUUCUGUUCAUCCAUUCCAAAUCCAUGUUGUGGACCAAUAAAUGGACAGUGUGGAGAACUAGGCUGUGUGUACUACAACAAUAAUUAUAUUGGAUGGGAGAAGAACGGCAUCGGAAGAAUACUGAUCUUCCUGACCCUGCAAGGAAUCGUGUACUUCGCCAUAUUGCUCUUUGUGGAAUCAAAUCUGUUUAAGACAAUCAUUUAUUUCUUCAAAUCUGGCAAAACAGAAGACAAUUCCGAGACAUCAAUUUCUGAGACGACCCCUCUGCUGCAAGGGGGGCGUGUAUUUGUAGCUCACCAACCAAGACAGUAUCAGAGUUCCCAAAUUCAAGAAGAUUCUGAUGUGGCAGCUGAAAGAGGGAGGUUGCAUAUGUCUAAAGUGUUGACCGAUUCCUUGAUUUUGAAAGAAGUAACAAAGUAUUAUGGACAGCAUUUGGCUGUUAAUCACAUUAGUGUAGGAAUACCUCAGGGGGAGUGCUUCGGUUUGCUCGGAGUCAACGGAGCCGGGAAAACCACUACAUUUAAGAUGCUGACUGGAGAUGAGAUCAUGACAACAGGAGAAGCCUACCUUAAUGGUCAAAGUGUCAAGUCUGAGCUGGCAAUGGUCCGCCAGAACUUGGGUUACUGCCCGCAGUAUGAUGCCCUGAUUGACCAAAUGACGGGCAGGGAGACUUUAUGUAUGUUUGCCAGACUGAGGGGCAUCAAGGAGGAGAAGAUACCGGGGAUUGUAGAGGGACUAAUGGCAGCUCUCUUGAUGAAGGAACAUGCAGAUAAAAUGGUCAAAGCUUACAGUGGAGGCAACAAGAGAAAACUGAGUACAGCAGUAGCCCUGGUGGGGAAUCCCCAGGUGAUAUUUUUAGAUGAGCCAACCACCGGCAUGGAUCCUGUUGCAAGGCGAUACCUGUGGAAUGCCUUGAUAAAUGUCAGAGAUGCUGGUCGCACAUUAAUUCUGACGUCUCACAGUAUGGAAGAAUGCGAGGCUCUUUGUACCAGGCUCGCCAUCAUGGUCAAUGGAGAGUUCCGAUGUCUCGGGGGCACACAACAUCUAAAGAACAAAUUUGGCCAGGGCUACACCUUACUGGCUCGCAUAGCCUUCACAGAAUCUGGAGAGGCUCCAGAUCUACGGCCAUUCAUCAACUUCGUAGAGAGUAAAUUUCCAGGAAGUGAACUGAAAGACAUGCACCAAGGCAUGGUAACGUACCACAUAGCAAGGAAUUCGAACCUGACUCUCGGAACAAUUUUUGGAAUUUUAGAAAGUGCCAAAUCUGAAUUCCAUAUAGAAGAUUACUCGGUUAGUCAGACCACACUAGAACAAGUUUUUAUCAACUUUGCUCGCUCCCAGAUUCCGUCAAGGGAGGUCACUUCUGGCUGUUGUAGUGGGUUUUGUUCUUGUUUAUGCUGCAAUACUCACACAGAUGAUGAAUGAAGCAGAGGAUUGUUUGGAUUCGUGUAUUAUAUCAAAACAAAUUUUUUUAUAUACAUUCCUCAGAUAACUGUUUUGUUCAGAGAUAUUUUUAAUGUGCAAUAUUUUCUUAUGAAAAUAUUUUGUGUUCGUGAUACGACGUACAGUCUCUGCACAAAAUCAGGUUAGAAUUUUUACAUUGUAUUUUACUUGUAUACAGUGCUUGUGAGGUAAAUGUACUAGUAAUAGUGUGUAUUCCAUCUUAUUUUUUCUGAAAUAAACAAUAACAAUGAAUGAUAAUGCAUUAUUAGCCUGGUUUGAAAGUCACAGGGUCUUUUUUUUUAUUGUCACACUCACAAUAUACAGUUCAUAUAUAAUUGGGUUUUGUUCUUGUUUAUGCUGCAAUACUCACACAGAUGAUGAAUGAAGCAGAGGAUUGUUUGGAUUCGUGUAUUAUAUCAAAACAAAAUUUUUUAUAUACAUUCCUCAGAUAACUGUUUUGUUCAGAGAUAUUUUUAAUGUGCAAUAUUUUCUUAUGAAAAUAUUUUGUGUUCGUGAUACGACGUACAGUCUCUGCACAAAAUCAGGUUAGAAUUUUUACAUUGUAUUUUACUUGUAUACAGUGCUUGUGAGGUAAAUGUACUAGUAAUAGUGUGUAUUCCAUCUUAUUUUUUCUGAAAUAAACAAUAACAAUGAAUGAUAAUGGAUUAUUAGCCUGGUUUGAAAGUCACAGGGUCUUUUUUUUUUGUCACACUCACAAUAUACAGUUCAUAUAUAAUUAAGACAUUCAAAACAUUUCUUUAAACACAGAGAUGCCUAAUACAUUCGGUGACAUUUGAUUUGCAUUCAACAUUGAUUUAAAGCUUGAAAUCUGCUACAGCAUAUUAUAGAAUUAAGAUAUUGAAAGCAUUUCUUUAAACACAGAGAUACUAAUUAGUCAAGUUAAGUUAUUUAUCAAUUUAAUACAUUAAAUUCAGUUUACAGUGUACCUUUGAUUUGCAUUCAACAUUAACUUGAAAUCUGCUAUAGCAGUACGGUGUAUUUUGUAUUGCAUCGGUGUUGUGCUGUUGUUUACAUUGUUAUAAAUUUAUUUUUAAAAAUAGCAAUUUACUGAUUUGUUGAAUCCUGUGUUUUCACAAUAACCUGAUAUUAAUGUUUAAUUUCAUUAGAUUUAUGAUAAUCUAUUCUGCUAGAAUUGUGUUUUAUUGAAUUGAAGAUGGACUUUGUGUGAUACUAUCACUGUGAUAUGAUUAAUAAUUAAAGGGAUGAAACCU